AAGCAGUCCAGUUCGGCACUGGAAAAUACUACACGGAUAGCAGUGGGAUAAAACAAUUUCCAGGAUUAUAUUUCAUUUACUUCCAAAGAGGAUAUUGUGUUUAAACAUCUUUUUUUAUAUAUAAAUCAGACUGUAUGUGAUGCUGUUUAUGAGUCUGUACUGUAGUUGUAUGGCACACUACAAUACAAGAGAUAAACAACAUUUCAAAGAGAGACCCAACCCAGGGCCAGAGACUUGAGCUUCGCCUCACUGUUUCAAAUCAGGUUGAGACGGAACACUUUUGGUAUCCAGUAAAACUGUUCACUUCUGAGGAUCCUCUCCUCGCUGCAGAUAUUCACAGAACACCCAGUGUGACAAUGGCUGGAGUAAAGCGUGCAGAUCUGGCUCCCACAGCUGCUGUUAAAAUCAUCGGGGCUGGAACAGCAGCAUGUUUCGCUGAUCUGGUGACCUUCCCAUUGGAUACAGCCAAAGUGAGACUGCAGAUACAAGGGGAGUCUAAAACGGUGAAAGACAGCAAAGCUGUCAAGUACAAGGGAGUUUUUGGCACAAUCACCACCAUGGUGAGGACUGAGGGGGCGAGGAGUCUGUACAGUGGGCUGGUAGCCGGUCUCCAGCGCCAGAUGAGCUUCGCUUCCGUCCGCAUCGGUCUCUAUGAUUCCAUGAAGCAAUUCUACACCAGAGGAUCUGACCAUGUCAGCAUUGGUACCCGUUUACUCGCUGGAUGCACAACCGGGGCUAUGGCAGUGGUAGUUGCUCAGCCUACUGAUGUGGUCAAGGUUAGAUUUCAAGCUCAGGUCAGACUGACUGACGGCAGCAGCAGAUACAGUGGGACUAUGGACGCUUAUAAAACUAUUGCCAGGAAUGAAGGCUUCAGAGGGCUGUGGAAAGGAACCAUACCCAAUAUCACGCGCAAUGCAGUUGUGAAUUGUGCAGAACUGGUUACCUACGACCUCAUCAAAGACCUCAUUCUGAAGUAUGACCUCAUGACUGAUAACCUGCCUUGCCAUUUCACGGCUGCUUUUAGCGCUGGGUUCUGCACCACCAUCAUAGCAUCCCCAAUCGAUGUGGUGAAGACCAGGUUCAUGAAUUCUGUGGCUGGCCAGUACAGCGGUGCCUUCAACUGCACACUCACCAUGUUGACCAAAGAGGGACUCGCAGCCUUCUAUAAAGGAUUCGUGCCCUCGUUCCUUCGACUGGGUUCCUGGAACAUUGUGAUGUUUGUUUCUUAUGAACAAGUUAAACGAGCUAUGAUGAGAGCCCACCAGAACUGGGAAUCUCACUGACACUGAAAUGGACCAAGGAAGAAGAGGAAAUGAAAGGACUGAACAAGGGUGAAAGAAAACCACCAAACUGUUUACAUGAGUGUUUUGUUGGUGCGAUAUACUCUGUUAUUUGUGCUUUUACAUAUGUACUGUAAAGUAUUUAGUAAAUUGUGUUUCUUGCAGGGCAGUUAAGCAUUUUGUGAAAUAAUUAGAAUAUAUGUGUUGUAAUGCUGUAAAUAUUUUAUACUAGAACUGUAAUAACAAUUAAAACAUAUGUUUACCAAA